AUGGCGUCUCCUAGGGGAAUCACCCCUUUCCUCAUCUAUUUGGUCUUCAUUGUGACCCUUGGCCCUUUUCAAUUCGGGUACCAUUUGGGAGAACUCAACGCUCCUCAAAAGGUCAUCACAUGCCGAAUCGACGAGCUGCCCCAAUAUAGUAUCCUCAGACUUCCACAAUGCAUAUCCAUGGAUGCAGGCGAGUGGGGAAUGGUCCAGUCUCUCUUCACCAUCGGAGGUCUCUUUGGCGCCCUCUUCAGUGGCUCUGUUGCCACGAGAUUCGGUCGCCUAUUCGCCCUGAGGUGGCUUACCUUCUUCUUAGCCGCCGGACCCGUCGCCGAGGCUCUGGCAGGUAGAAUGUGGAUCCUGGGGCUGGGGAGAGCGAUAUCUGGUAUGGGAGCCGGCGCAGCCACUGUGGUUGCCCCCAUCUACAUCUCCGAAAUCUCGCCCCCGGAAAACCGCGGUCUCUUCGGUGCCUUUACCCAGGUGCAGAUCAAUUCCGGGAUCUUUAUUGCACAGCUCCUUGGGUACUUUCUAUCCAGUGAGGACAAAUGGCGUUGGAUUCUUGCGACAGCUGGGUUUGUUGCCGGUAUCGCCUUCUUUGGGCUCAGCUUGGCUCCGGAAACUCCCAAGUGGCUGGCUGCAAACAACCGACCGCGGAUGGCAAGGGGCGUCCUACAACGCAUCCGAGGACGAGAAGCAGAUAUCGGAGAAGAAAUGGAAGAUUGGGAGAUCUCAGGAGAAGCCGAAGAGGAAACUCUUCUUGGACCUCCUCGGGGGCCUCGACCGCAAAGACAACCGGUCAGAUCCUUCCUCGACGUCGUCCGAAAGCCGAGGUAUCGACGAGCUGUGAUUGCAGUUUCCGGGGUCAUGAUGGCCCAGCAACUCAGUGGUAUCAACAGCGUUGUCAUGUACAGCGUGUCCAUCCUGGGGAAUAUCAUGCCAGACCAAGCGGCCCUCAUCACAGUCAUGGUCUCAGCUGCCAACGUGGUCGCGGUCCUAGCAACUGCUCCUUUGGCUGAUAGACUUGGUCGCAAACCAUGUCUACUCUUGUCGCUGGCCGGGAUGGGAACGGCUUCUAUGAUGCUCGCCAUAGGGCUUUCUGGGGAUACCAGAGGACUCACCGUUUUCGGCCUACUUCUCUUUGUCUGUAGUUUCGGCCUCGGCUUGGGACCGGUUCCUUUCAUCCUGACGAGUGAGCUGGUCGGUCCGGAGGCUGUUGGAGCCACGUCAAGCUGGGCACUUGCGAUCAACUGGCUCUCAACAUUCUUGGUCGCUCAAUUUUUCCCUAUGAUCAACGCCGCGCUCCCUCGAGGAAGAGUGUUCUGGAUUUUUGCCGCGCUUUCCGCCGCAUUUUCCGCAUUUGUUGGUCUCUUCGUGCCGGAAAGUAAAGGAAGCGCGAAUGCGGAAGAGGUUUGGGGGAGGGCGCACGGGACCUAG